GAGGCUCAUGCUCUGAACGCCCCACGCAUGCGAGGGACAGCUCUGCUAUAGCAAAAAGGUCUCAAAUUCAGCUGCUGCUAGGAAAGAAUUGGUGUGCGAGGAUUCAUCCGCUGAUGCUUGGAUACAUGGAAAAGAUAAAUGACGGUGAGGGCCACCCCAGCAGCAGCCACCAAGCCUUGAAAGGAACCUCGAAAUGGGCCACGUCACUGGAGAACCUCCUGGAAGACCCGGAAGGAGUGAAACGGUUUAGGGAAUUUUUAAAGAAAGAAUUUAGUGAAGAAAAUGUUUUGUUCUGGUUAGCAUGUGAAGAAUUUAAGAAAACACAGGGAAAAAAGCAGAUGCAGGAAAAAGCUAAAGAGAUUUACAUGACUUUCCUGUCCAGUAAAGCUUCCUCCCAAGUCAAUGUUGAAGGGCAGUCCCGUUUGAGUGAGACCAUCCUGGACACACCUCACCCUCUCAUGUUUCAGAAGCUCCAGGACCAGAUAUUCAACCUCAUGAAAUACGACAGCUACAGCCGCUUCCUGAAGUCAGACAUAUUCCUAAACCACAAGAAGAGUGAGGAGCAGGAGGAGAACUCACCAGAGGCUCAGACUGCAGCUAAAAGAGCAUCGAGAAUUUACAAUACAUGAGACACAAUGGACCUCUUCAGGAGAGGCAAUACAAUAAGGAAAUUACACUCAGGAACAAUCUAGGUUUAUAGCAGUUGCAUUUAGGGCUUGGAAAGCUCAAAACCUUUUUAGGAGAUACUUACCUUCCUAAUUGCUUGAAUGACUAAUUGUUUUUGCAUGAUAGCUAUUAACCAAGCACCCAUGGAAGGGCUGUUUCCCAGCUAAAAGGCCGAGGUAUUCCUCCACUGCAUGAAUUUCCUUUCGUAUUUCACAAGUUAAAAUGCUUUCAGUUCUUGUAUUUUCUUUUGUGAGGCAUCUUGGUGAUGAGAAAUGAGAGACAGUGUGCUUGGGUUUUUAUUUUUGCCUUGUACUUUUUAUUUGGGACUAGCUUUUCCAUCCUGAACUGCUGGGAGAAGCAGUUGAGGAGUACAUUUCACAUUAGUUUGUGGGUGAGUCAUUCAUAGCAAAUUUAGUCAUAAAGGGACAGCAUCUUUCAGGGUUAAGCUCAGUAGAAUCCAGUCUCUUCCUGUGAGAUUUUGUUCUUUCGGGGUGAUGUCUGUUUUGCUUUGCCUUUAUUGCUGCAUCAAAACACCUCCCUUAGUCAUGAUUUUCAUUUUUGUAUCUCCUAAAUUCCCCCACCACCCCCUCCUUUUUUUUUUUUUUUUUGCAUUAGACAA